CAAAACUUUACGAAACUGGGUUACCUAGAGGAUUUCGACGAUAUCCACGAAGAUUUCGACGGCGACAUGGAUUUCUGGGGAAUAUGUUUCAUGUUCUUCUUCGUGUUUGUCAUCUUUAGCUGCUGUGGCUAUUGUUGUACGAAGAAACGUCGUGGAACUGUCUUAUCAGCACCAAUUGUUGUAACAUCAGCCACACAUACAGCACCUGGUGGUUAUCCUGUCACACAAAUGCCUGUGUGUGCAACAACAACGGCAACACCAGCAGCAUAUCAUACACAAUCCUAUGCCACGCCGUAUCCUCCCCAAGGAGUUCCUACACAAAUGCCGAUGCCAAUGCCAGCAUCACAGCCACCAGCUCCAGGUGUUCAACCCUAUGCAGCACCCUAUCCACCAGCAAUGAUGCCAUCAGCAGCCCCUCCAUCCUAUGAUGUGGCAGUGGGCGGUGCUGGAGCCGGUGUACCCAAAAAUGGUAGUUAUGAAAAACAGGCGCCAUAUAAUCCAAAUUUUAACUGUUGA